AUGCUGCGCGAGCGCAUGCCGCUCUACUCCAUCCGCUACCGCGAGACCAUCCACUCGGAGUCGGUGCGCAAGCGGCGGCGCGAGAUGCUGGGCAAGAAGCGCGAGGUGGUGCGCAACACGGCCAUCGCGCAGCUCGAGCAGCUGCGCCGCGCGCGCAUGGAGAAGAACUACAAGGUGAGCACUGCCGACUACAAGAACUUCUUCCACACGCUGGAGCGCUGCUACGAGUACCUCGUGGGGCAGUCGGAGCACGUGAUGCCGAUGAAGAGGAGCUUCCAGGAGGCGCUGUACAACCUGGCGGGCAUCGGCUACCUGGACAUCAAGACGCUGCGCAAGGACGACUCGGAGGAGCGGCGCAUGCUGCAGGCGCAGAUGAUCAUGUCGGUGGUGACGCCGCACGGCCACGCCAUCGACGCCGUGCUCGCCGGCACCUGUCAUUAUGAAUGGCAUAUCUGCAAUCUGUAA